UGGGAUUGGAGAAGCAGUUUGAUAAAAGAACAUCUCUGGCUUUAGAAGAAAGCAGUUUAAACGUUGGCGCAAUUGUUCUGCAAACACGAAACAAAUCCGUAUCACGGCUUUCACCAAAAAAAAUCAUGUCAUUGCCAAAACUGGAGAGGGGAUUUUCAGAUGGAUGCAGUUAAUGCUAGUCAUGCAAGCGAGACAAACCAAGACAGUGAAGUAGAAAGGGACGGAAAUUUGGAAUGUUCGACGUCAGUGGAAGAGGGUCGGUCUUGGUUUCGAUACGUAGUGCUAGCUCUCACUAUUCUCUGCCUUUCAUCCAUCAUGGCAAAUAUUGUGUGCUUCAACUUUACCGUCCUGUGUAUGCCUGGCACUCAAGACCCAGCUGUUCUUAACAACACUCAAAAUCGCGGUUACAGCAAUGAUGAACGCACAUGGUUGUUCAGCGCUGUCGCAGUUGGUGCUCUAGUCUCGGUGGUACCAAUUUCGCAGGCUAUCGCUAGCUAUGGAGCUCGGCAAGUAUUUUUUGCCCCUGGGAUUCUGAGUGCGAUCUCAACGGCAUUUAUUCCAAUGGCAGCCCACCACAGCUUAAAUGCUUUUCUGUUUCUGCGAGUUGUCCAGGGUAUGUCCUUCGCUGCUUGCAUGCCCACAGUCGGUUCAGUAACAGCUGCUUGGGCAUCCUUGAAGCAAAACGGCCUUUUCAUAUGUUGUCUUACCACAUUCGGCCAGAUAAGCUUGAUCUAUGCGAUGCCGGUAUCAGGACAG